AUGAACAUCCUGACGCAAGACAGCGAAGCGCCCCAUUACAAAUCUAACAACACAAGUCUCACUCUCCUAGAGGAGACCAGCAGCGGAGCCAACAGCAGGAAGACAUUGGUCAAUCAGGUUACUGUGAUCACAGGGUCCACAGUGGGGAUCGGCUUCACCAUCACCCGGCAUCUGGCCCAGGAUGCGGCCCACGUGGUGGUCAGCAGCCAGAAGCAGCAGAAUGUGGGCCUGGUGGUGGCAGCAUUGAAGGGGGUGGGCCUGAACGUGAUGGGCACCGUGUGCCACGUGGGGAAGGGUGAGGACCAGGAAAAGCUGGUGGCCAUGGUCCUGGAACACUGCAGGGGUGUUGACUUCCCGGUGUGCGUGCCAGGGAUCAAUCCUUUGACGGAAAGUACCGUGUGGAGCAGUGAGCAGGUCUGGGAUAAGAUCCUGGACGUGAAUGUGAAGUUCUCCACCCUGCUGCGGAGCCAGCUGCUGCCCCACAUGCAGAACAGGGGGUGA